AUCUGAAGAUGGAGGGGAGGGGGAGGGGGGGGGCUUAGAUUUGUUUGAGCCCAUAAUUUAGGUUAAUAAUAACAUGCAUGACCGUAGAAAUCUCCCUGGGUACGUCUCAAUAGUCCAACGUCGCUCCUCCUUCAUCUGGACUGAUCUGAGAAGAGAUGGACUGAUAAAAGACAUUUCAUCAUAUCCAAUUACGAUCUUGGCUCAUCACAGCAACUCCCCAACGGGUUCGGGAGAGGCGAAGGUCAAGUCAUGCGUCCUCCGAAACAUGACCAGCCAAACCGCGCUCCUUAACACCCGGCUGCUUAACCCAGAAGAAUGUGUCGGAGGAAACACUGUUCAACUGACGACUGAAGUCAGCCUUCAGGUACCCGGCCCGGUACAAAGAGUCGCUAGAGCGCGAUGAGCCAAGUAAAGCCCCCCCAGCCAAACCCUCCCCUAACCCGGACAACACUGGGACUUUGGAUCUCCCGGUCACGGCCGGUUGUGACACAGGCUGGGAUCGAACCCGGGUCUGUAGUAAGGCACUCAAGCAGUGCCUUAGACAGAUGCACCACUCGGGAGUAGCCCCAAAUGUUACUUCGAAACUAAUUUAGGAUUGCCUAAACGAAGGAGGUAAACACUUAUGCGACAACUAUAGUUUAGUUAUACAUUUUCUAUUAAUUUGUACAAAUGUGUAGAAUUUUCUUCUCCCUUUGACAUUAUGGAGUAUUUUGUGUAGAUCAAUGGCAAAAAAUUACAUUUAAAUAUAAUUCAAUCCCACUUUGUAAUGCCCCAAAAAAGUUCAAGGGGGUAUAGACUUUCUAUAGGCAUUGUAUGUGUGAAAGCAUUUUUGAAAACAGGUGGAGGUAUUGCUUUCCAUUCGACAUAAUUUCUCUUCUAUGUCCUGCUGUGCAUUUUCUGGCACUAUCAACGUUUUGUCAUUUUUCCAAGGCUAAUGCCUAGCCUAUCCCUAGCCCACAAUGCGUCAUGGGCAUAGUCUUCAUAUGGCUCCAUUUAUCAGACAGAGAAAGAAAAUAUCAAGAAGAGUGUAGAUACACAACUUUAUUUCUGUAUCUGUAUGAUUAUUACAAGAUCAUUUGGGUUAAGUCUUUCAUGGUGUUCAAUCAUGGAAACGGGUCAGCUAGGUCUACAGCACCGGUAAAUAUAGUAGGCCUAGUCAUUGAAGCUAUUCUUAUGUUGUUGCCACUGUUGUUGCAGAAGUUCUGCAGAGUCUUGUGCAAGGAGAGCAUACCAAGUGCUACAGCAGAGUCUGAAGUCAGGCAGGUGCAACCAUCAGCCCCAACUGCAGCAAAAACGGAAGAGUCAGGGUGCUUGCCCCCGAUUGCCUACAGAGAAGAUAGAGGGAAGAGAGAGAGCAAGAGAAGGAACUGAAUUUCUACACUCUUAGAAAAGGGGCUACCUAGACCCAUAAAAGUUUAUUCUGCUGUCCCUGUAGGAUAACCCUUUUUGGCCUCAUGUAGAUCAGAUGUAGAACCGAUGUAGAACCCAACUUACCCAACUAACCAUCGUAUAACCUUUUAAGAACCCUUUGGUGAUAAUAUUCUACCUAGAACCAAACAGGGUUCUCUGGGACAGCCGAAGAAUCCUUUAUGGGUCGUUCUUGAAUUGUGGUGUAUUUACAUCUACAAAAAACACUUCAAAAUUACAAAUAGUUACACAUCAUACAUGUUUUCUGUUUAUUUUGAACUGUUUAUCCAUUUAUCACAUACAUUAUCAUUAUCACAUACAUUAUCACAUACUGCAAGUGCUUUAUACUGCAAAACGUUAUGUUUAGGCAUUGUUGAAAGUACUUAGGCCAAGCAAAUUGACUUGUCUCGGUAGUGACCCAGUACAAUUGUAGUGACAUGUUUUGGGGCAUUUAAAGAUGUCAAUCUAUGUAAUAUUUUUGAAUUCUAGAAAGUAAACAAAAGUAUUAUACAUCUUGUAUAGAUCAAUAAAAACAAAACAGGCUAUUAAAAGAACUAUUAUUUUUACAAAUAUAAUAUGUGUCCCUAAGUUUAUUCCCAUUGGUGUAACCACCUUGAAAAUCCCUCAUUACAAAGAUAUACAAGAACCUUGCAUUCCCUCCAGUUGCAAACCGUUGCACUGGAAAGGUCUAUAUUAAAUACAAUUAUUAGUUAAUCACACCCUUUCAGUAUCUCAUACAUUUGAGGAUUCCAUUGAAAAUUUGGUGUGUCUAAAUAAUGUAAUUUGUGUUACACAUUUUACAUGUAGGGAAAUUACACUGUGAGCAAAAUUAUGAAACAAAAACAGUUUAGUAAAUUAUUUUUAAAGGGUUAAUGACCUUAGAUUCGAGCAUCUGUGUCCUCCAUUAAAGAAAAUCCUCAAUUACCAAAAUGUAGUCAUUGGAGUUACCAUCACUGGUGUAACUACUCCUGCUGGUGCCACAAAGUUAUCAUAAUAGUAAAACAUUAUUAAAAGUCAUUAAGCUCCCAUAUUAGUUAAUUUAGAAUGGGAAGAUGUACCCAAUACAUCUUUAUUUAUUUUUUUAAAUAGAGAAAAAUGAAAUAAAUGUAUUCCAAAAUGCCACGCCCAAAUGCCACUGCAAUUCAAGAACAACCCUUAUUGCAGGUAGGCCUAUAGACCCGUUAGCAUUUAGCACAUUAGCACAUGUGGAAUUGUGGUUCCAUUCAUCUGAAAGACAAAGUAAAUAGGACGAUUUUAGACAUUUCACAACAAUUUAGGCUGUUGCUUAAACGUUCACACAAUACCUGGAAAACGAAUCAUCACAAGUAAGUGCUAUUGAUGAUAUGUAUACAAUUUCUGACCUCUACAUUGCUGAACUCUACAAUUAAUAUGGCUAAUCUCUACUUAAUACUUUACUAAUACUCAUAUUUUGGUUCUUACCUUGACCUCUGUGGUUGAAGGAUGCCUCACCUUGGCCUCUGUGAACACAAACAGCACCAGCAGGAUGAAGACAGCACAGACCAGAGUUGAAGAGGGUUGAGUCUCUGAACAGCAAAAGUGUAUCGGUGUUUAUUUCAGCUAGAAGAUGAUGGGUCUGAAAGGGAUGUGUGCACCAUGACUGCAUGGGCACAAGUACAGAGAUCUGUUUUACAGUCAUGAGCAGCGUAAAUUCACUUUAAUAGGGACUACAAAUAAUUGUCUUGAUAUUUGGCACUAGUGAAACAAAUGGGUAUUUUUGUAUUCUUCAAUUUUUUCCAUAUAUGCCAAUAGCCUAUUUAAUGUAUUGUAUUGUAUUGUAUUGCAUUGUAGUGUUAUGUUUUGUAUAGCAUGCUAUGUAUAGUUAUGUUUUGUAUAGUAUGUUCUGAUCUAGGGCUAGGUGUGUGACAACUUUUGAAACAAAAGUAGACUAGUGUUUGGGUACAUCAUUCCAUUUAUAUCAAGGUUUGUCGAUGGAUGAUUACAAUGUCAUACUUUGAAUAACAAUGUAUCACUUUCAUUUUCAACGUAUCCCUUUGGCUGGUUCUUCACGGUGUGAAGGAGGGUGUAUUUAAUUCUGGAACCAGCAACGAGCCAAUGAAAUGUCACGAUCCACGUUACCAAUGGCAACGAACUCCAAACAAUCCUCUAGAUGUAAAAGAAGAGCAAGCACAAUAUUCCAACCUACAGAAUCUAGAGUCAUUCACUUUCUGCUAGCCAUUUGUGCAUCCUAUCGACCCCACGUGUUUUAUGAACGUAAGGAGAUGAGCUCACCACUUUCAAUGUUGAGGAAAACCCGACGUGUUCCUCUUCCUGGGCCCAUGAACCAGCAAGGGAGAAGAGUGCCUUUCAAGGAGAAUCCAUUUGCAGAAUAUGAAGCUACUCUGCUGAAUGAUGUAUCUGCUUUGAAUCACCCUACGCCUCAGGCUCAAGCCACUGAUAUUGCCUGUCCUUCCAAAUCAAAAGCCAAACAAAGGAAAAGCAACAGUAGUUGUGCACCCCCUAGUGAUUUUGAGCUGAUGUCCUCUAUGAUGCAGAGGCUGACCCUGCUGGAGACCAAGGUGAAGACCCAAGCCCUGGACAUUGACCACAAGGAGAAAAUAAUUACAGCUCUGGAGGAGAAAAUAAAGCUUCUUCAGAAGUCAACAGAGAAAAACAGUGAUAGGUGCAGAGAGGAUGAUCUCAUAAAAACAUGCCACAGGCUUCAGGGCCAGUUAUCGGAGAUGGAGCGGUUUCUGAACGACUACGGCAUGAUCUGGGUGGGGAGCGGAGAGGAGCGCGACACAGCCAGUCAACAGGAAGUAGAGGAAGCUGAGCAGACCCAGAGCUCCGAGAGAGGGGUGUGGCAACCAGAGACCUCUGUGGCCAGGAGGAACUUCCAGAUAAACUUUGACCUGGUGCUCCAGAACAUCCAGCAGUUGAACAUCCUGGCUGGGGAGGGAGAGUCCUACGUCAGGGUCACGUCCAGAGGGGCACAGCUGGCCCAGCACCACCUCAUUCCACUACGGCUCUACAGCAAUGGCAUCUUCAUGUUCAAUGGGCCCUUCCGCUCUUACCAGGAAGCCAGCACACAGCAGUGCAUGCAAGACCUGAUGGAUGGAUACUUUCCUUCUGAGCUACAGGACAGGUUUGCAGAUGGGGUGCCCUUUCAGGUUCACGACAGGCGAGAGGAGGAGUUCCAAGAGAGGCGACCGUGGGCGGAGUUCCCUGGGAAGGGGCAGGCUGUGGUUGGAUGCACAAAGGGGGAGAAAUCAACAGACAGCUUAGAACACGCCUACUGUACCGUCUCCCAGAUACCCGACAGAAAACUGACAAUGGACCAAUUCCUGAACAGGCUGCCCAAGGUGGUGGUGAAGGCUGGUAGAGUGAUUGACAUCAGGGACUCCGUGAAAGCCAGUCUGCAGGGCUCUUCUGAUGCUUCAAACAGCCUUGCUGUGACCCUCAUAGACACACCAGAGCUACAGGCCAUGAAAGAGAGGUUGGAGUUGCACGAGACUGAUCCCCCUAACUCGGCCCGUGAUGUCACCACACUGAGGGUGAAGUCAGAGGAUGGCGAGCACACCUACAUCAUGAAAAUGCGUUUCUCAGAGACCAUAGGUCAUCUGCGCCAGUAUCUGGACAAGCACAGAUGGACAGAUGCCACAGCAUAUGACAUCAUCAGUGCGUUCCCACAGCGCUGUUACAAUGAGGACUCUCAGACACUCCUCUCCUGUGGGCUCACUCCCAAUGCUGCUCUGCUGCUUAGGACUAGGCCAGGCCCUCAAUGACAGAACAACAAAUCGCCCUGUCACUCUCCUCAUGGUUAUAAAAUACAGCAUUUACUUUCAUAAACAUGUAUAUUCAGAUCUGAUAGGGAUUUGACACUAGGGGGUGCCAACACUUACAGAACUAUCCUUUUCAGGAUCAUCAUGACAUGGGAAAAUCCUAAUUUCCAUAGGAACACUUGCAUAAUUAUUGAUGUAGAUAAUUCACCUUGAACCAUGACUGCUUAAAAAAAAAAAAAAAAAAAGGAAUAACAUUGCAUGAGCAAGAUGCAAGACUUCGCUCUCACACACACCGUAUUUGUACAUGGGCAUGGGUUCACAUGGGCAUGGGUUCGCUUCACACACUUAGGGACCAAAACAGCAGAGACGUUUAGCCUGGCGCGCCAAUGAUCUUAGUUGUUGCGGAAAAUUGGCCCACUAUACAUCUACGUCAUAUCGCUGACUCUACCUUUAAAAUGUACAGAUUUUAAUCAAAGUAAAUUACAAUUCAUCAUGUGGAGAUCACCAAGCCAACUUAUUGAAAACAAACUUUAUUUCUAAAAUGUGUAAAUACAAUUAAGGAUAAAAAUAUAUUCAAUAUAAACAUGUACAUUUUUUGCAAAACAUUUGACAUAAGGCAAGUUUGUCUAACUUUGUUAAAGCUCAAAUGAGAACUCACAUUAGUCUCAUCUAGACAAUGUUAGACAUCCAAAUGUCUGUCCCAACUUAGUGUCAUGAUGUUCGUCAACUGAAGGAAAGCAUUUGACGUGACAUCAAUAAAUUAAACAAUUUUUUUGCUCUUCGAACACUGAAACAAACUAGAAUAAAGUUAGUGUUUAGUCAUGUCACACAUUUUUUUUCUCCCCAUGGCAAAAUACUGACAUCCAUUAGUUAAGUUAUUCAUUUGAAACCAAAACAUUUCUUGCUAUUAGAUGGAAAUAAAAUAAUACUAUCCACACGGAUGGCAUAGAGACAUUUUGCUAGUACAGAUAUGGGCACCAAAGUGAACACAGUGUAUAAGGACAAAGUAGGCACAGGGACUCACCUGUUAGAUUACAGUAUGUUGCGCUGUAAGACUGAACAGACCCUUACCAACAAACCAGUACCACAAAUACUGUUAAGGAGUGUGUAAAAUGGCUUCAGUCCUCUGUCACAGACCGUUAUCCCCAUAACUAGCUGUGACAGAGAUAUCUUCUUCUUAGAGGACAACCCACAAAGCAAUGUUUAAAGGAAUGUAUUGAGUUGCUCUGUUGGCUGAAACACUAAAAUAAGUAAAGUUUUGAGAAAGAAAGCCACGAGCAAAUUUAACUGGUGACGACAGCAAAAGCUCAGAACAUUUACAUUUUUGAUCUACACAUUGAUCAUCAAAGCAAAGCCCGCUACCUGAGAGAGAUAUCUGCAAACAUGAAUAUUUUUUACUGUGCAAUUGUACAGACGGGACAGAUGUCUCUGAAUAAUAUCUCAGUUAUAAUGCUGACAGAAUGUCUUUUCAGUAUUAGCCCUACCACUGUUAACAGCCACUCGCACGCCAGACUUCACUGCUACAAAUGUACCAUUUUAAAUAAUGGCGGGUUAGUAACAUUCCCUGUUGAAUCACUCAAAAAACAGAAUAAAAUAUUUUCAGUUGAUUGUCAA